AUGGUCUCCAAUAGAAAUCACAGUUCUCCAGCCAUAUUCAUUCUCUUCGGAUUCUCUGAGUACCCAGAAUUUCAGACUCUUCUCUUUUUGUUGUUCUUGGCCACCUACAUGACCAGUGUAAUGGGGAAUCUUGGAAUGAUUUCAAUCAUUGCUAUUAAUCCAAAGUUACACACUCCAAUGUAUUUUUUCCUUAAGCACUUAUCUUUUGUGGAUUUCUGUUACUCCACUGUUGUUACACCAAAGUUGCUGGAAAACUUAGUUGCAGAAGAUAGGACAAUGUCUAUUUCUACUUGCAUCACACAAUUCUUCUUUUUUGCUGCUUGUGCUUUUACUGAUACAUUCAUGUUAGCAGUGAUGGCAUAUGAUCGCUUUGUGGCCAUUUGUAAACCCCUUUUAUACAUGGUUAUCAUGUCCCAGAAACAUCGUGUCCUGCUGAUGGCUGCAGCAUACACCUGGGGCAUAUUCUUCUCUCUGCUCCUCACCAAUUCUCUUCGUACAUUAUUUUUUUGUGGGACUAACAUCAUUGAUAAUUUUUUGUGUGACUAUUCCAGCAUACUCUAUACUGCCUGCUCUGAUAAAGAUUUUAGUGAGUUGGUACUUUUCAUAUUUGCAAAUUUUACUAUGUUGAGCACACUCAUAGUCAUAAUCUCUUCUUAUAUUUUUAUUUUUGUGACUGUGAUGAAGAUGCAGUCAGUUAGGGCAAGGCAUAAAGCCUUCUCCACUUGUGCCUCUCACCUGACAGCUGUUGGAGUCUUCUAUGGAACUGUCCUAUUCCUCUACUGUAUACCCAAUACCCAAAGCUCUUGGUUCACCAUUAAAGUGGGCUCUGUUUUCUAUACAGUGAUCAUCCCUAUGCUAAACCCAUUAAUAUACAGUCUGAGGAACAAUGAAGUGAAAGAAACAAUCAAGAAAUUAAUGGGCAAAAAUGAUUUCUCACCAAAUUAA